UACAAGUCUGGUUUAACAAGCACCGCUAACAAUCUGUCGUCAAAUGCACACCACUUCCAUUUCUCCGCAAUGGCGAUCAACUUAUCGAAGGAAAUAAGGCGCAAAAUUGGCGUAAUAUUGAGACGGUCCAUCUUCUAUCUGACAUUUUUUUAAACUGUUGCCGACUUAUAUGUUCUCGCCUCAUUUUCCAGGCGAUCAUUAUUAAAACGCGAGAUUUGCCGCACAGUCGUAAGGGAAUUUGUCUCUUCGUGAUGCGAUUAUUUACGAUGUCAGUUACAGUUUUCGACCUUCUCGACACGGGUUCUUACUCUCUUCACGAGCGGUGGUGAGUGUCGGACAGGGUAGUCGCAGACGCCGAGAUCAAAAGACGUAAAAACGGAGCAGAAAACCAUAACACUACCUGGAGAACCAUAUGAUACUUCUGCUGCGCGACCAAUUAUCUGACCCGGACAAAGGGAAAUGACUCCUGUGGAAGUUAUAGUAUGUGAAGAAAGGUGCGAUUUCGGUGGAUGAGAGUCAAUACUACCCGUGAGGCAUUUAACUAUUCACUGGGGGUGUUUUCAUUUAAACUACAGCGGAGCGUAUGUGAAGAAAAUAAGCCAAAUGACAACAAUGAAUACAACAGAGGAAGUUCGACCUUUCAGACGUCGACCGCGCUUGGUGUCCAGAAAUUCUACGUACAAUAUCAAAACUGUCGGGAUUCCUGGCAAAGGAAAACAUCUGAUGAGUGACUUCUUCACCACAAUGGUAGACACGAAAUGGAGAUGGAACAUGUUAAUUUUUGUCAGUGGAUUCGUGGUGACGUGGUUAUUUUUUGCGCUCUUUUAUUGGUUAAUUUCCAAACUUCAUGGCGAUUUGAGUGACGUAAACGCAACACACACAACACCAUGUUUUGAGAAUGUGAACUCAUUUACAGCAGCCUAUCUCUUUUCUAUUGAAACACAAACGACCAUAGGUUAUGGCUUCCGGUACGUGACGGAGGAAUGCCCAUACGCAGUGAUUGGGGUGCUAUUGCAAAACAUCGUAGGAGCAGGGUUACAGGCCGCCCUAGCAGGGCUUGUUGUUGCCAAAGUGAGGCGAGGGAAAAAAAGAUCAGGCACAUUAAUGUUUAGUUCUGUAGCGUGUAUUGUGGAAGAAGACGGGGUAUAUAAACUGGUUAUCAGAAUCGGCGACAUGCGUCGUUCACAUAUCAUUGGAGCUCGUGUGCGCGGACAUCUUUUUAAGACGACAAGAUCGACCGAUGGAAAUCACCCCGUAAAGUGUGUACCGAUGGAGUUUAACGGUGAAGAUGGAAGUCCCGAUUUAUUCAUGGCGUGGCCCACUCAGCUGGUCCAUACCAUAAACGACAGGUCCCCGCUCUGGAAACUCUCUCGGGAAGACCUUUACAAGGAGGACUUCGAGCUAGUGGUCAGUUUGGAUGGAAUAGUCUCGACCACCAGCAUAAACCUACAAACACAAACUUCUUACAUGCCGUGGGAUAUUUUAUGGGGGCAUCGUUUCAAUACGAUGGCAAAGAAAUACAACAGUCACGAUUCUCUUGUGGUAGACUUCGCGAACUUUAACAGAACACAUACUGUCGCUAUGUCUGAUUGCAGUGCCUAUCAAGUGCAUGUGUUCCGGAAGUUGGGAUAUAGUAUACUCCGUGGGGAUCCGGAAAACAACAAUCCGUCAUAUUUUGAAAUUAAGAGAGAUAGGGACUAUGAUGAAAUAUCCUCACCAAGGCACAUACUUCAUUACCGACAUAAUAAGUCAGCUGCCAUGUCAUCGUACGAUCAUGCACAUAUUUAAAUACUCACACUUUGCACUGUCUGUGGAACAAUAUUGCUUCAAAUUUUAUUUUAUUUCUUGUCAAAUCUAAACCCCAGCUAAUGUUAAACGAUGAUAUUCAAUAAUAUUCUAACAAAUAAAAUGGGAUAAGGCAAAUUUAUAUCGGGUCACAGUUCUAAGCAUGCAGGCUAAAUUGGGAAAGACAAAUUUUGCACAACGUACGAGUAUAUUAGCACAUCAGAACGUACAUGGCAAAACACCACUAUAUUCCAGUGCAUUCUGUACAUCGAUAUCUCCAAUAUAUACAUGAUGUAAUAACUCGAACAAUAAAAUAUUUUAUGCAUAAACA